UGGUGCAGAAAGCUCUCGGUGGAAUGAGCCAGCCAGGAACAGCUAACUUGGUCGGGCUCUGCCGAGACGCCUUCUUUGUUCUUCUUCUGCCAUGUCGUCGUCCUCGUCUCUUGCGUCUUCCUCCUACCGCCGCAGGAUCGUCCAGUUCAAAGACGCGGUUGCCCGCCCGGCCUACUGGUCUCGCCUCCCCGCCCGCGCGAGGCCGCCCGCGCACACCAGGAUCGGCGCCGCCGUGCUGCCCGCCGCCACCUCAGCUCAUGGAGUUGAGAGCAGCAUCAUCACGGUUUUAGCUAUGCAGAAAUGGGAAACCUUGAGUGAAAUGGCAUACAAGCCAGGGAAGCUUGACAAGGCACAUGGAAAACAUGCCCUGAAGAUACUGAGUUCUAUCAUGCAACGAUCAGGUUUGGAUCGAAUUACCCACAUUUACUGCAUGGCUGUGCACAUCCUUAUCCAAGCUCAAAUGCCUUUGCAAGCAAUGUCAGUGUUGAGGCAUCUUGCCAUGACAGGCCUCUCCUGUAGUGCUAUUUUUAGCUCCCUUUUGCGGACCAUUUCACGUUCUGAUUCCACAAACCUUUUUUCUAUUGAUCUUCUUGUCAAUGCUUAUGUCAAGGAAGGGAAAGUACUCGAUUCGGUUGUGGCAAUUUUCUAUAUGGAUGACUGUGGAUUUAAGGCUUCAUCUGUUCAAUGCAAUAACAUCCUUAAUGCUCUUGUCAGAGAAGGUGAAUCAGAAUAUAUUUGGUUGUUUCUGAAAGAAAGCCUGGACCGGAAGUUUCCUCUAGAUGUUACCACUUGCAAUAUCGUGCUGAAUUCUUUGUGCACUCAGGGUAAACUUAGGAAGGCUGAGAGUUUGCUACAAAAGAUGAAGGAUUGCUGCUUACCUAAUGCUGUUACUUAUAAUACUAUACUUAACUGGUAUGUUAAGAAGGGAAGGUGUAAGGCUGCCCUGCGUAUCCUAGAUGAUAUAGAGAAGAAUGGUAUAGAGGCAGAUUUGUAUACUUAUAACAUCAUGAUAGCUAAAUUAUGUAAAAUAAAGAGGAGCGCACGUGCUUAUCUUUUGCUCAAAAGAAUGAGGGAGGUUAACUUAACACCUGAUGAAUGCUCUUACAAUACUUUGAUCAAUGGAUUUUUUGGUGAAGGUAAGGUAAAUCUUGCUAUCUAUAUCUUCAAUCAAAUGCUGAGACAAAGUUUGAAACCGAGUGUAGCUACUUACACUUCAUUGAUCGAUGGGUACUGCCAAGAUGGAAGAACUGAUGAAGCUCUAAGAGUUCUUUUUGAAAUGCAGAUCACUGGUGUGAGGCCAAGUGAGCUUACUUAUAGCGCAUUGUUGAAUGGUUACUGCAAAUAUUCCAAGCUGGGAUCUGCAUUAGAUCUUAUCACAUAUCUGAAAUUGAGAAACAUAUCUAUCAACAGAACUAUGUAUACUAUUCUCAUUGAUGGUUUCUGUCAACUAGGGGACGUUUCUAAGGCUAAACAAAUUUUAAAGAGCAUGCUUGUGGAUGGAAUUGAUCCAGAUGUUAUUACUUAUUCAGCAUUGAUCAAUGGUAUGUGCAAGAGGGGUAUGAUACAUGAGACAAAAGAGAUCUUAUCAAGGAUGCAAAAAAGUGGAGUUCUGCCUAAUAAUGUGCUAUAUACAACUCUAGUUUCUUAUUGUUGCAAGGCUGGAUAUGUCAAAGAUGCACUGAAGUAUUUUGUGGAUAUUUAUCGAAGUGGUCUAGUUGCCAACUCAGUCAUCCAUAAUGCAUUACUGUGUGCUUUUUAUAGAGAGGGAAUGAUUACAGAGGCUGAGCAAUUCAAACAAUACAUGUCUAGGAUGAAAAUAUCAUUUGAUGCCGCCUCCUUUAACUGCAUGAUAGACAGUUACUGGAAUAGAGGUAAUGUACUUGAGGCAUUUUCAGUUUACGAUAAUAUGGUUAGACAUGGAUUGCCUCCAAAUAUUUGCACUUAUGAGAGUUUUCUCAGAGGAUUAUGCCAACGAGGCCACUUGGUACAAGCAAAAGAGUUUAUGGUCUAUCUUCUCGAGAAACCUUGUGCAAUUGAUGAGAAAACAUUAAACGCGCUACUUCUAGGGAUUUGCAAACAUGGAACCUUAGAUGAAGCUUUGGAUUUAUGUGAGAAAAUGGUCACAAGGAACUUUUUACCUGAUACUUAUACAUACACCAUUCUUCUCAAUGGGUUUUGCAAAAGAGGUAAGAUUGUGCCUGCACUCAUCUUGUUGCGGAUUAUGUUAGAGAAAGGAGUGGUUCCUGAUAAAAUUGCAUAUACCUGUUUGUUGAAUGGUUUGAUCAGUGAAGGCCAAGUGAAGGCUGCUUCUUACGUCUUCCAGGAGAUUAUAUGCAAAGAAGGCCUAUAUGCAGAUUGUAUUGCCUACAAUUCAAUGAUGAAUGGAUAUCUCAAGGGAGGACAGAUAAAUGAAAUAGAAAGACUGAUGCAUGACAUGCAUGAGAAAGAGGUAUAUCCAAGCGAAGCUAGUUAUAACAUUCUUAUGCAUGGGUACAUCAAGAAGGGAAAAUUGUCAAAGACUUUAUAUAUGUACAGAGAUAUGGUGAAGGAAGGGAUCAAACCAGAUAAUGUGACAUACCGCUUGCUCAUCCAUGCACUUUCUGAGCAUGGAUUGAUUGAUAUUGCAGUUAAGUUCUUGGAGAAGAUGGUCUUCGAAGGCAUUUUUCCUGAUAAGUUAGCUUUUGAUAUACUCAUAAAGGCUUUCAGUGAGAAAUCUAAGAUGUCUAAUGCUUUACACCUUUUCAGCUAUAUGAAGCGGUUACAUAUGUCACCCAGUAGUAAAACAUAUGUUGCCAUGAUAAAUGGAUUAAUCAGAAAAAAAUGGUUGCAACACAGUUAUGAAAUCUUACAUGAGAUGGUUGAAAGUGGGCUUCAACCAAAGCAUACACACUAUAUUGCAUUGAUCAAUGCAAAAUGCAGGGUUGGUGACAUUGAUGGAGCAUUUGAGCUUAAAGAGGAAAUGAAAGCUCUUGGUGUUGUGCCUUCUGAAGUUGCUGAAAGUUCAAUUGUUAGAGGCCUUUGUAGAUGUGGAAAGGUUGAAGAGGCCAUCAUAGUUUUCAGUAGCAUAAUGCGUGCUGGCAUGGUGCCAACCAUUGCUACGUUCACUACCCUAAUGCAUGGUCUCUGUAAAGAGUUGAAGAUUGAUGAUGCUUUCCAUUUAAAGAAGUUGAUGGAGUUAUGUGGACUGAAGGUUGAUGUUGUCACCUAUAAUGUAUUAAUUACUAGUUUAUGCAACAACAAGUGUAUUUGUGAUGCAUUAGAUCUAUAUGAAGAGAUGAAAUCCAAGGGACUUCUGCCAAACAUCACAACGUACAUCACACUGACUGGAGCUAUGUAUGCAACAGGAACAGUGCAGGAUGGGGAGAAACUUCUAAAGGAUAUAGAAGAUAGGGGCAUUGUUCCUGUAUGUAAGCAUCCUGAAAGUCUUGGAAGGAGGAUGGAAAAUACAAUCAAAAGGUUAAACAAAAUAAGGAAUUGCAAAAAAGGAAUGCCUUUAAAGAAUGAGAUUGAGCUAUUGCCGAUAGAUCAUGAAGUUGCUAAUGACUGAAAUCGUAUUGAAAUCAAACUUUAUCUCUGGCGAAGUAAUUUUGUUCAUUUGAUUACUAUGGACAUGUUAUAUGGUUUCUGUAAUACCAAAUAUUGAGUUAUCUACCAUGGAAGGAGUUAUCUCUGGAUAAGUGGAAUGUGCUUUUCUGCCUCCAGCUAAUUCAGUGUUGCAGUGGAGCCUGAGGAAGAUGACUGAGUGCAAUGGGGCUCCGAAUGCUGAUGGAGGUAAUGACAGCUGGCUCUGCUGCAUACCACAUUGCUAGCAUGCAGGGCUGAAAGCUUGACUUUAGAUGGAUCUUGCUCUAACAGAAAAUUAUUCAUUUGUUUAGAGGAUUGUCAGCAGCAUUGCAGCAACAUCCAACAGCAACGUACCCAGGUGGCCAGUAUGGAAAGGUCGAUUAUGUUGAGAAAUUAAACCGUGGGAUACAGUAGGAGCAGUUUCCGAGGUUCCAGGUUGCUGCACCAUUUGUUCUAAGAAAGCUGGAACUCUAAUAACUCUAGUAGCAAGGGAACUGUGAUUUUCUCUUGCUGGUUGUGCCAGGCAAUCAAAGGUGCGGAGAAACAGUGUCAGAAAGGGGAAAAAGGCAAACGAUCAUCCUGUCUGGUAAGUCUGCUAGCAUGGGAGCAGUGGAAACACUGUCAUGAAUGUGUUUUCGUGCUGCUCCAAGUGCAUGAUUGGUAGCGUGGACAGUCGAAGAGGAGGGAGCCCUGUGUUCUCCCGCUGGGGCUCGUGACCUCAGGAGUCUUUGGACUGGAGCUUAAGAUGCCAAAAAGUAGUAACUGAGAAGUCAUUUUCUCGGAAUCUAUAAAAGCUGGUAAACCCAGCUUCUGACUUCUAGUUCAUUUUCUGGAUUAUGCAACUCAUAUUCUUAAAAGCUAAGGCCCUGUUUCUUUCGGCUCGAGAUUAUUAUAAUCUAGAUUAUUAGGAGUAACCUGAAAGAAACAAAUAA